ACGUGUCGUUCCGGAGCUGCCUCCCGUGCGGAGGAUGCGCUGCCUGGGCAGCGGGUGGCCGGUCAGGUUCGGGUAACCGAUCUGGGUAGGACGGUAACGGGUUCGGCUGGCCCGUAUUGCUACAUUAGUUGCAGUCGGGACUAGUGAUUGCAUCUGAAGAUGAUAGUUGUAUGGGCCAACGUGAGGUGGAUGGGAGAGAAGGAAAGUGCUCCAAGUAGAGACUCUACCGUGAGACUCGAUUACAGAGUAAUGCAAGUCACCUGUUAAAUGCCAGAUGCCGGAAGCUGUGCAAACCCAGGACCAACCAAUGGAGGAGGAGGUGGAGACCUUUGCCUUCCAGGCUGAGAUUGCUCAGUUGAUGUCUCUGAUCAUCAACACUUUCUACUCCAAUAAGGAAAUCUUUCUGAGGGAGCUGAUUUCCAAUUCAUCAGAUGCUCUGGACAAGAUAAGAUAUGAGAGCUUGACUGACCCAAGCAAGCUGGAUUCCGGAAAAGACCUGAAAAUUAACCUGAUUCCAAACAAGCACGAUCGCACUCUGACCAUUGUGGAUACAGGCAUAGGGAUGACCAAAGCUGACCUGGUCAACAACCUUGGUACUAUUGCCAAGUCUGGUACCAAGGCUUUCAUGGAAGCACUGCAGGCAGGGGCUGAUAUAUCCAUGAUUGGUCAGUUCGGUGUUGGUUUCUACUCUGCCUACCUGGUUGCAGAAAAAGUGACCGUGAUCACCAAGCACAAUGAUGAUGAACAGUAUGCUUGGGAGUCAUCAGCUGGAGGCUCUUUCACUGUCAGACUUGAUAACGGUGAGCCUCUGGGUCGUGGAACAAAAGUCAUCCUGCAUCUUAAAGAAGAUCAAACUGAAUACCUGGAAGAACGGCGAAUUAAGGAAAUUGUGAAGAAGCAUUCUCAGUUCAUCGGCUAUCCUAUUACACUCUUUGUGGAGAAGGAACGCGAUAAGGAGGUGAGCGAUGAUGAGGCUGAGGAGAAGGAAGAGGAAAAAGAAGAGAAGGAGGAAAAGACAGAAGAUAAGCCAGAGAUUGAGGAUGUUGGUUCUGAUGAAGAAGAAGAAAAGAAGGAUGGAGAUAAGAAGAAGAAAAAGAAGAUUAAGGAGAAGUACAUUGAUCAGGAAGAGCUCAACAAGACCAAGCCCAUUUGGACCAGGAAUCCAGAUGACAUUACCAAUGAGGAAUAUGGGGAAUUCUACAAGAGCCUAACUAAUGACUGGGAAGACCAUUUGGCUGUCAAACACUUCUCUGUGGAAGGGCAGUUGGAAUUCAGAGCUCUCCUGUUUGUCCCGCGGCGUGCACCCUUUGAUCUGUUUGAAAACAGGAAGAAGAAGAACAACAUCAAGCUGUAUGUACGCCGAGUGUUCAUCAUGGACAACUGUGAGGAACUGAUCCCUGAAUAUCUGAAUUUCAUGAGAGGUGUGGUAGACUCUGAGGAUUUACCUCUGAAUAUUUCUCGUGAAAUGCUGCAGCAAAGCAAGAUCCUGAAAGUGAUCCGGAAGAACCUAGUGAAGAAGUGCUUAGAGCUCUUCACUGAGUUGGCUGAAGACAAGGAGAACUACAAGAAGUUCUAUGAGCAGUUCUCCAAGAACAUCAAGCUUGGUAUACAUGAAGACUCCCAGAACCGCAAGAAGCUGUCAGAAUUACUGAGGUACUAUACAUCUGCGUCUGGUGAUGAAAUGGUUUCUCUGAAGGACUACUGCACUCGUAUGAAGGAGAACCAGAAGCACGUCUACUACAUUACUGGUGAAACAAAAGAUCAGGUGGCCAACUCUGCUUUUGUGGAGCGUCUUCGCAAACACGGCCUGGAAGUGAUCUACAUGAUUGAGCCUAUUGAUGAAUACUGUGUGCAGCAGCUGAAGGAAUUUGAAGGCAAGACCCUGGUUUCUGUAACAAAGGAGGGUUUGGAGCUUCCAGAAGAUGAGGAAGAGAAAAAGAAACAGGAGGAGAAGAAAGCCAAGUUUGAAAACCUUUGCAAAAUAAUGAAAGACAUCCUUGAAAAGAAAGUAGAAAAGGUUGUUGUGUCCAAUCGUUUAGUUACUUCUCCGUGCUGUAUUGUAACAAGUACAUACGGCUGGACUGCCAAUAUGGAGAGGAUCAUGAAAGCGCAGGCACUGAGAGACAACUCCACAAUGGGAUACAUGGCAGCAAAGAAACAUCUGGAGAUUAAUCCUGAUCAUUCCAUCAUUGAAACACUGAGGCAGAAGGCAGAGGCUGAUAAGAAUGACAAGUCUGUGAAGGACCUUGUCAUCUUGCUGUAUGAGACGGCACUCCUGUCCUCUGGCUUCAGUUUAGAAGAUCCUCAGACACAUGCCAACCGCAUCUAUAGGAUGAUCAAACUUGGCCUGGGCAUUGAUGAAGAUGACACUGCUGCAGAAGAAGCCAGUCCAGCGGUGACUGAGGAGAUGCCGCCUCUUGAAGGAGAUGAUGACACAUCACGCAUGGAGGAGGUGGAUUAAAACAGUUUACAGGAACUCACGAAUGUUUCCUUGGCUAAUACGAAUAAGUUAUAUUUUGUAUAUUAUGAAUGUUACCUGCCAAAAAAAAAAUCUUUGA